AUGACCAUGAAAGGAUAUGAGUUAGAGUUGGUGCAUAUCCAAACUAUCCUUGUAAGUCUUGAUUUCUCCUGCAACAAUUUUAUUGGAGAGAUUCCAGGGUUGCUUGAAAGGCUUAAGUCGCUCAAGGGCCUCAACAUUUCUCAUAAUAUGUUAAGAAGUACCAUAUCAUCAUCGCUGGAAAAGUUGACUAACCUUGAGUGGUUAGACCUCUCUGUUAACAAGCUAAGUGGGAAUAUUCAUUUGCAGUUGACCGAUUUAAUAUGGCUCGAAAUCUUAAACCUUUCAGAAAACCAAUUCGUGGGACCAAUACCCAAUGGUAAGCAGUUCAAUACUUUUAGCAAUGAUUCAUUCAAAGGAAAUUUAGAAUUUUGUGGUUUUCCACUGUCCAAACCAUGCAAUGAGGAAAAUGAAGGAUCAACCAUGGAGCAAGAAAAUGAAUCGGACGAUGCAAAUAGAUUUACUUGGAAAGUUAUGCUAUUAGGGUAUGGAUGUAGCUUUGUGUUUGGGAUCUUCAUAGGUUAUAUUAAUUUUUUCUCAAAUGGAAGAGCAAUUUUGUUUGUGAAGUGGUCAUAG